AUGAGUGAAAAGUUAAAGGAACUUCGUGAAAGAUCUCAAAAGCGGAAAAAGUUACUAGCACAAACGCUAGGGGUUUCAAGUGUAAGUGAACUGCGUCAUGCCCUAGGAGCAUCACUUGAUGUCCUACCAAAAAAACAGGCAGUCACUGAAUACAGUUCUGAUGGAAAUGAAAAACCUAUGCCUAAAGAACCUGAUAGUUUGGUUUAUACUGAUUCAUCUACUUUCUUAAAGGGAACCCAGUCAUCUAAUCCACACAAUGACUAUUGCCAGCAUUUUGUAGACACUGGUCAAAGACCACAAAAUUUUAUCCGAGAUGUUGGGUUGGCUGAUAGAUUUGAAGAAUACCCUAAACUAAGAGAAUUGAUCAAACUAAAAGAUGAACUUAUUGCCAGAACAGCAACUCCACCAAUGUAUUUAAAAUGUGAUCUCAAGACAUUUGAUCUGAAGACCAUGGGUAGCAAGUUUGAUGUGGUGCUAGUGGAGCCCCCGUUAGGGGCUGGGUGGCGUUGGCGAGAUGUCUUAGCUUUGGAACUGCAUCACUUAGCUCAACCUCGGGCCUUUGUGUUUUUGUGGUGUGGAAGCUCUGAAGGCUUAGACAUGGGACGAGAAUGUCUCAAAAAAUGGGGAUUUAGACGCUGUGAAGACAUUUGCUGGAUUAAAACUAAUAUAAAGAACCCCGGACACUCCAAGAAUUUAGAACAUAACGCAGUCUUCCAAAGGACUAAGGAACAUUGCCUUAUGGGUAUUAAAGGAACUGUGCGGAGAUCAGUUGAUGGUGACUUCAUACAUGCAAAUGUGGAUAUAGAUUUGAUUAUUUCCGAGGACCCCGAGUUUGGUAGCACUGAGAAGCCUAUUGAAAUAUUUCACAUUAUGGAGCAUUUCUGUUUGGGACGCAGAAGAGUGCAUCUCUUCGGCCGAGACUCAACAAUACGUCCCGGUUGGGUGACGAUUGGUCACGAACUUACCAAUUCUAACUUCAAUGCUGAAUUAUACGCUUCAUACUUCGCUGAGGGCCGUGAAACUACCGGUUGCACGGAGAGAAUUGAAGCAUUACGACCUAAAAGUCCUCCGAAUACCAGUAAAGGUUCCAGACCCAGAGGUCGAGGAGGUUUCAGGGGUAGAGGUCGAGGACGUGGCGCCAUA